AUGAACGUGUUGCCUUCGUGGCCGAAUUCGGUGGAGAAGCCACUGAAAUCUGUGCCAAAGUCAGACCCUGAUGAGACUGUUUCAACGCAUGCUGAAAGUUGGUCUCCAAUCCUGAAUUGGGGCAAUAAGCAGCCGGAAAAGGCAACUACUUCGGUGACGAAGGAGGGAGAUGCUGCUGAAAGUAAUGUACAGAAGCUUGUGAAACUCGAUUCUUCAUUGCCAAAGUCAGCGGAGAAGCCACUCGAAUCUGUGCCAAAGUCAGGCCUUGGUGAGACUUUGUGGAAUAAUGCUGGAAGCUUAAUUAAGCGGUUCAAUACGCCGUCGGAAAAGGCAACCACUUCGAUGACGAAGGAGGAAAACGAUAAGAAAAUUGCGUUUGAAAAUUAUUUUCAAUCGCUUGCAACGUCAUUGAAGAAGCCACUCGAAUCUGUGUCAACGUCAGGCCGUGGUGAGACUCCUCCGAAUCCAGUUGAAAGGUUAUUUACGUGGUUCAAAAAGUCGCCGGAAAAGACAACCACUGCGGUGACGAAGGAUGACAUUGAUCCUAAAACGCUGGUUUCAGAAUCACAACGCAUUCCUAGUGCCAACCUUGCCGAGAUGAAGCCAAAUCCUGAAACGCUGGUUUCAGAAUCACAACGCAUUCCUAGUGCCAACCUUGCCGAGAAGAAGCCAAACGCUGUUGAACAUGAUUAG